AUGCUAAAGGUGGAAAAGUUCAAAAAAUUGAAGCGAUUCGAGGUCUAUUAUUGUUUAAAAAAUUCUUUUCUGGAAGAAGUAGAUAUCGAGAUGAAAUAUUCCUGCAGUAUAACAACUAUAAUGAGCAAUGGUUCAGCAAGCUUGUUGAUGAACUGGGAAGAAUUAACACCUGGUCACUGUUUUACCUCUUACACAACUAACCCUAUCGCAGGUGACUAUGGUUUGAAUGCAUCAGCAAUAGACGGCCACACGGAAGAGUUAGUGGCGACCCACCCAGCGGGAACCUUGGAGAAUGCAACGCAGUAG